AAGGAGGGGCUGUCUCCAUAUGCUUAUAAAGGGGGGAGGGGGCUUUGGGAUUUUUCAACAGGGGCUCAACCUUCCUCCCGGGAUGUGGUAGGGGGGGCACUGGGGGGCCCGUGGGAGAGAGACCAGGCUGCCCAGCAUCUCUCCCCCUCCCCAUUGGCGUCGCUGAGCCUCCGUCCAUCCCGCCCGAUGGAGACCGAGCCGUUUUGAAAAAGAAUGACUUUCUCUGACCGGAUUAAUGCCAGCUUGCAUGGGAACCACACGGGAGACGCCGGCGGCGGCGGGAUUAACAGCUCGUCCUGGAGCGCCGAAGAGGCCCUCUCCAACAGCAGCGGCGGCGGCGCCUCCGUCGUAACCCCGGGACUGAGCCUGCAGUCGGUGGGCGUGGGGCUCUUCCUGGCCGCCUUCAUCCUCCUGGCCAUUGUGGGCAACAUCUUGGUCAUCCUCUCGGUGGCCUGCAACCGCCACCUGAGGACCGUCACCAACUACUUCAUCGUCAACUUGGCCAUCGCCGACCUGCUUCUCAGCACCACCGUCCUGCCUUUCUCGGCCACCUUGGAGGUGCUGGACCUCUGGGUCUUCGGCCGCGUCUUCUGCGACAUCUGGGCCGCCGUGGACGUCCUGUGUUGCACGGCGUCCAUCAUGAGCCUCUGCAUCAUCUCGGUGGACCGCUACAUUGGGGUCAAGCACUCCCUCAAGUACCCCGCCAUCAUGACGGAGAAGAAGGCCGUGGUCAUCCUGGGGCUGGUCUGGCUCUCCUCCGCCAUCAUCUCCGUCGGUCCCCUCUUGGGCUGGAAGGAAGACCCUCCCGAGAGCGAGGAGUUCUGCACCAUCACGGAAGAGCCCGGCUACGCCCUCUUCUCCUCCCUCUUCUCUUUCUACCUGCCCCUCCUGGUCAUCCUGGUCAUGUACUUCAACAUCUACGUGGUGGCCAGAAGGACCACCAAGAACCUCGAAGCCGGCGUCAAGAAGGAGCGGAGCAAGUCCAUGGAAGUGGUGCUCCGCAUCCAUUGCCGCAACGUCUUGGAGGACUCCUUGGCCAGCACCAAGAGGCACACCUUCCGGAGCUCCCUCUCCGUCCGGCUUUUGAAGUUCUCCAGGGAGAAGAAGGCAGCCAAGACGUUGGCCAUCGUGGUCGGGGUCUUCAUUCUCUGCUGGCUGCCCUUCUUUUUCGUCCUCUCGUUCGGUAAGUCCGACGGCUUCGGGCCUCGCGCAUUUCAGGGGUUGGCCGUUAGAUACGGGUUGGGCAAGUGGGGCCACGGCCAUAUUUCGACAACCUCUGGUUCCGGAGAACUCAUCCUCUCCCCACCCCCACCCCCAGGAGGGAUCAGGCACGGGGACACUCGAUCUCCAAUUGAGUCCUCCCAACGACCCAACAAAUGGUUGGCUUUACAUCCAUAUUCGGGGGUCCUGGGUGCUCUCUGA